AUGGGAGUCGAACUCAGUACGAGCCCAUCAAGAUGUGACAUUGGGGUUGCUGGCGGCACCAAAAAGUAUAAACUCAUCAAUCAUUGCGAUCGUAUGCUUGCGUACAGGAUUCUGAUAAAUCCCGGUUCAAAUUAUUCAGUACCGGAAAAACAACUUCACGGACUAAUUCAAAUCGGCUACACAUGUGAAAUAGAGAUUACAAGAAAGGCUGGUAAGCCACGUCCAGACACUAUGGUCAUUCAGUACGCAUCUGUCGGCCAAGAUGCACGUGAUCCAAAACAAUCGUUCAGCACAGGGAAACCGGUCGGAGAGAUCACCGGUGAGACUGUGAUGAAGCUAAUAGCGGCCGAAUAA